UUCCUCCGACUUGACGCUGCUGGACCGCGGCACAUUUUUUUGACAGCGGAAAUGAGGAGUAGCCACUUUUUUUCCGCGUCAAGUUCGUGGCUGAGAGUUUUCUUUCCUCAUUUAUUUAUUUUUUUUUUUGGCCGAGUGAACAGUCGCGUGCACUCACAAUGAGAGAGAAAGCGACGGGCUUUUUAGCACGCAGCUUCUCCUCUGAUGUCCAGUUUCUGUUGCUCCUCGCCAACAUCGCUUUGAAUUACUUUAGAUGCUUCUCAACACAUUUCCGUUAUGCGAAGUCCAACUUGUUGGUUAGUCGUCGUGCUGCGGUGGGUGCCCAUCCGAGAUAACGGAGAACGUGACAGUGAUUCUUAGCUGGUCUGGUUACUGCAAUGAAUGGUAACACUAUACAUCCAACCAACACCGCCACAACAGCAGGAGGAGGCCCAGGCGUGGCAGCGCCCCCAAGAGGCUGGAGGGAAUUCUGCGAGCUGCACGCCAUCGCCACAGCCCGGCAGCUGGCCGGACACUACCAGAGCUUCGCCAGAGAGCGGCCACAACAUGACGUGCUCCCACCAGAGACCUUUUCCAAGCAGUUCACAGACCUCUUCCAGCAGCACUUCUGCUGCGAGGUCGACAAAGAUGGCACUCCGCUCAGCCAGAACACAUGCUCUACCACUACCGGUAGUGCUGCCUCCACCACUGCAGUGGCUCCUCCCCUUUCAUCGCAGGCUGUGAUUGGACGAUUGCGGAUCACAUCUUUUUCUGGGGUGCAGGACUAUCGGGAGGCGGGACGGCCAAGUGGAGGAGCUGCUCUGUUUACUGUGGUGUCACCAAAGGUGGAGCCGGUGGUGGUGAGUCGGGAACAGGAGCAGCCGCUGCGAUGUGCUGUGGGAAACUCCUUAUCGGGAAACCCGGCAAUGCUCAGAGGGUCGACUCGUAGUAUCGCUAGCGGGUCACUGCUAAUUCGUAGCCGUAGCAACGAGGAGAUCUCUGGCACUGAUCAUCGUCAGGUAUCUGAACGAUACUCUUCGGACUCCUCAACCUCCAACCCUGGACAUGCUGACGUCACACAUUUCUCUGUCAGUCAAAUCCGGCAGACCGUAAGACGGCUUUUCAAGAAACGGCCCCUCCCCAGCCCCCCCUCAUCCCAGGACCUGUCUUCUAGCGACCCCAACCCCGCCACAAACAACAACAAUCCCCCAAAUAAUGGUGACAGAGAAGGCGGGAUUUCCUCCACAAAUGAGGAAGUGUCAUCCUCCUCCUCAUCCUCCCACUCUUCCUCCUGUCUUAACUCUGAAGCCACGCCCCCAGCCUCUUCACAUAUGUCCAUGGCUGGGGUAGCCUCUCACUUCCUGGAUCGUUUCCGUAGGUUACGCAGCGGAAGCAUGAGGCAGAGGAGGUCAGAGGUGAGCGGCUGCUGUAAAGAGGGCCAAAUGAGGUACUUGCUGGUGGAUGACACUAUCUCAGACUCUCAGCCCCGGUGGCAACGCUGCCACCUGCUGGUCAGGAGGAUCAGGGACGCUCAAGGUGGAGGAGGAAGAGCAGGAGGAGGGGAGAGGUACCAGUUGGAGCUCUAUGAUCCUCCAAAGGCCUCCAGUCCCAAGCUGACCACUCACUGCUCAGAUAUCCAAGAAGUCCGCCGUUGCAACCGUCUGGAGAUGCCUGACAACUUAAACACAUUUGUUUUAAAGGUUAAUCGAGGUAGUCUGAUAUUUGAGACGGACAACGACCAACAGGUCAGCUCCUGGACCACAGAGCUAAAAGAAUGUAUCAGCAACAGGUCAGGCAGUGUGGAUCUGGAGCCCCUCCCCUCCCCAGCUGACAGCUCUGCUCCAGCCAAUCAAAGAGGGGGCUCAGAGUUAGGAAGUCAAAGUGAGUGGUGCGAUGAGGGGACGUUGCUUCUGUGCCCCACCUUUGCCCCGCCGGAGCAGGUUGUCCAGAAGACUGAUCACUUCCUGUUCUCCUACCCCUGGUUCCACGGGCCCAUCUCCCGCGUCAAGGCAGCCUACCUGGUUCAGAGCUCUGGACCGGAGGGACACGGAGUGUUUCUGGUCCGACAGAGCGAGACACGCAGAGGAGACUACGUCCUCACGUUUAACUACCAGGGAAAAGCAAAGCACCUGCGCCUCUCUCUAACAGAAUGGGGUCAGUGCAGGGUGCAGCACCUGCGCUUCCCCUCUGUUAUGGACAUGCUCAGUCACUUCCGCCUCUUCCCCAUCCCGCUAGAGUGUGGAGCCGCUGGUGCCGUCACGCUGUCCAGCUUCGUAGUGGCGGGCUCCAGCCCUCCAUCACAGGGUCAGCUCUCAGGCACUCUUCUCGUCCCUUUCUCCCUCCAUCGGUGGAGCUCUGAGCCCAGCUUGGCCCACUGCAGCCUGGCGCGCAGCUCCACUCAGCCCCCUUCCUCCUGCUCCACCAGCACCACGUCCAGUCCCAGCUCUGUUUCCCAACCGGCGAACCGCCCGUUCAGUCGCACCAACCGCGUCCCUGACCCUCCUCCGUCAGCCCCCGCUCCUCUGCGUCGGAGUGAAUCGGUGGGGAGGAGACCCCUGCUUCGCCACCCCAACCCCCACAUCCCUCAGCGGGACUCAGACUAUGAGCUGGAGCCUGAGCGAGGUCGCAAGCGGGCGAUAGACAACCAGUACAUGUUGCUCUGACCCGCCGAGUCAAACACCUCCAUCACUUUUGACAGACUGCAGUCACACAUGAUCAUGCACACAUCAUACAGACACAUUUUAUUACCCCCACCCAGCUUCAUGUGGAUGUGUGAGACUCUUGGAGAGCGCAUGAUGCUAACAUUAUAAUAGCAGACUCAUGAACUUUAGCCAACAAGUCUUUGUCUGAUAAAUGUGCAGUCAAAACACACACACACAUACACACUCACUGUCUGUGCUGGGAGUGUGUUUACCAGUGUCAGACCCUCACAACCUCCACACAGAGUGUCGACAGUGAAUGUAUUUUUGGGAGUUUUAUAACAGUGUUGACCAUGAUGAUUAUUCUCGUUGAUGUUGAGGUUCUGUGCAAGAGAAGGGGAGCCACAUGUGUAGCUGUCCUCGAGCCCGGGCAAAAAAUAUUUUUAAAUGUUUGUAUUCUUGUGAAUUCAUAGAGGUGUGCUUGAUUUAACUUCUUUGGCACUUAACCUGAACUGAUGGGAAGGCACUGCCUGUGAAAUUGGUUAUAUCAAGUGCUCCUGUAAAAUAUUUAAAUGACAUUUACUCUCCACACACAGGACUUUGUGUGGAGCACACUCCCACCUUUUUAUACAAACGGCGAAACAAAACAGCACUCUAUUUUAGAGUGUCUAUACACUCUAUUAGAUAUUCCUCCUUUUGCGCAUUAGUAUAUAUUUAAGUGCACAAUGCUUUCAGUGCACUUUGGAAACAAUGUGUAUUUUUUCUAUACACAGAUUCUUUUGUAGAAAAAUAAAAAAAUUAAGUAAAAAGCAGAAAACUUGGUUAAAGUCAGUUGGGAAGCUGUUACUAGAAACCGAUCUGCUUCCUCCUUCUUGAAAACCUUCGCUGAAGCAAAUACAGAAAUGAUUCUAGAUCAGCUUUCUUCAUCAGCACUGUUUUUACCAAAAGCUGUUUGUGGUGGAUGUGUCUAUGAGAUGAUUGAAAGUGUAGUCCAUCAGCAUGAUUGUGCUGAUCUCAGUCUGGUACAAUAUUCACUCCAGAGUCUGUGUGCGACUUUGUGUCCUAAUACUCACUGCUAGCUUUUCCAAAAGUGUCUUUGUGGUGUUACAUGCAACAUUUCAAG